CACAAGUCCGUUCACGAUGUCCUUUGAGGUCGAAUCCCCUCGACGAACAGGCGACGCAGGUGCCGCGGCUUCCAUCGGCAGCACUGCGCCACCUGCUGCCGCACCGCCAGAGCGCCGCCAGAAGACCCAAGGUCCUCCGGUGACAGUGCAGCCAGUGCUGUACAGCAGCGCGUUGGCCGCCUUGGCGGCAUCGUCGCCACCAUCGGUAGAGUACGCAACGCCCGGCCGCGCACCCGCAUCGUCCGGCGACGGCGGCCGCAAUGGCGGCCGCAGGAGGCGGAGGACCAACAGCGACCGCCAGCGCAUGCGCGCAGAGAUUCUGGCGCUCGCACGAUCCCCGGGCUGCUGGCGCCCCCUGCUGGUCUUCGUCUUCAGCCUGGUGAUCGGGCUCACGCUAGCGGUGGCCGCCUACGGAAUCAGGGGUACCCGCCUGGACGGUGGAGCGAUGCCUCCGCGCGGGAACAGCACCUACUAGGAUGCAGCAGGCGACCGCUGUAGCGGCGGCUGCUGGCGCGCCGCAACCGCUCAUGGUCAAGAUGGUUAAAAAUGAUUUGCUUGCACGAGUUUGCGUUCCAUCAGCGGUCAGGUGUCUCGGAUUCUUUCUUUUUCUUCGAAAUAAUUUGUUUGCCAAAUAAUAGUAAAGUUGAUGAAAU